GCUACGUUUACGAUCCACAUCGCCACGUUCCUGAUCGGGCACGAUGUUUGGACCUGUGUGCGCCUUGUACAGCCGAUCGCUCCCCUCGCUGCCGGUGCUUUAGGCAGCUUUGCUGGUGCCUGGCACCGUCAUUUGCAUGGCUAUGUGGAGGAGGGCCUCGUCUUCCACCUUUUGUUCCGCAGCCUGGGGACGUGGAUUCUUGUGUACAUGCAGGCGUCUGGUUCCGAGAUAGGAUACACGGCCUGGGUAGCUUUCAUUGUGGUCCACACUGUGAGCCACUGGAUGAUGGCCUG